AUGCAGUAUUUCGUGUACCUCCUCGUGCUGCUCCUGGACGCCGCGCACGCGUUUGCGCCCGCAGGUCUUCGUGUACCGGUACUGGGUGGAAAGGGAACGAUCUCCGCGCCGGCACUCGCCCCCGCGCCGGCACUCGCCUCCGCGCCGGCACUCGCCUCUGCGCCGGCACUUGCCGUCGGCCGGACUAGGCCUCCGUUGGCCCUGGACGUUGCCGACCCGUCUUACAAUCUGGCCAUCGGAUCAGUGAUCCUCGGAGGCGUCUUUGGUCUGCCCAGCCGCCAGCCGAGCAUCGUCUCGCGGCUCGGCUACACGCUCGGUGCCUUGUGCGCCGCUUUCGGUCUCUUCAUCGCGUUUCAGACGACUACUCUGCGCUUCACGUUCAGCGACAGCGACUUUGCGCUUGUGAAGGCCGACGGAUCUUCGACAGGCAAGAAUGUCGUGGUCGGCGGAGAGAAUGUGUGGCGCUACGACACCUUUGUCAACUGGGACUUUCUUCCGUCCGAGAGCUUUCCGGUUCUGGUCUACUUUCGCGAGACGCAGACGCCUGCCGAGAGCCGCGAGGAAGUUCCGCUGGUGGUCGACAACCUGGACGGCCAGGUCCACUUCUUCCCCGCCAUCUCCGACGCGCAGCAGCUCAAAGCGCAGUUUUUGCAGCACCGGGCAGCUCUGCACGAGGUGCAGCUGCUCUCACGGCUGCGCCACCCAAACAUCAUCGGUUACGAGGACGCAUUCGUCGCCGAUGGCGACUUGUGCCUUGUAAUGGAGUACGCCGGUGGCGGGACUCUCGAGGGCUCGCUGCGGCGCGCACGGGAGACGUCAACGCUGCUUGACGAGGCUUGGGUGCUGGACUGCCUUCUGCAGCUCUGCAGCGGCGUCAACUACCUGCAUGCCUGCCGUGUGCUCCACCGCGACAUCAAGCCGGCAAACAUCCUGCUCGCGGGCGAGGGGCGCGUGCCCAAGCUCGCUGACUUCGGCAUCUCGAUGCCGAUGCUCGCGGACGAGCGGCAGCUCGGCCGCCACCUGCCCGGCGGCUCGGCUGAGGGGGAGGUGCUCCCGUCGGAGCUGCGCUCGCGCUCGCUCGAGGGGACGCCGCUCUACCUCGCGCCCGAGCUCUUUGUCAACUCUGCGCAGUACUCGUGCGCCUCCGACGUGUGGGCGCUCGGCGUCUGCUUCUUCGAGAUGGUGGCGCUGCACCGGCCGUACGAAGGCGCCUCCCUGCACGCCCUCGCGUACAACAUCGGCCGCGACCCCAACCAGAACGCGAUGCGAGACUGGCUCGCCGCCGCGGAGGAGGGGGGCGAGGCGUGGGCGGGCGCUCCACAGCCUGGCUGCACCUGCUCGGGCGGCGCGGCGAGUCUCGCGCAGCACAACGCGCACUGCUACGACCCGCACCUGCUCGGAGCGAUCGAGGGCAUGCUGCAUAAGCGGCCGAACCGGCGCGCGACGCUCCCCGAGCUGCUCUCCCGCGAGGCGCUGGUGCGGUGGGGCCAGAAGCGCGAGCUGCCGCUCGGUCUCCCCGACCGCUCGGCCCUCGAUGACCUCACGCCCAGUGCAGACUCCCCCGACGUGAUGAUGUGGGGCGGCGGCGCGCGGCUGCCUCGCCUGCGCACAGACCUGAGCGGCAUCUCCGUCACCGCAAUCUCAUGCGGAGCGGUCUCUGUCGCUUGUGGCCGCUCGCACACGCUGGCGCUCACCUCAAUGGCGCAGCUCUUUGCCUGUGGCUCGCACGAGUACGGCCAGCUCGGCAUCGGGACGGCGCCAAAGCCGGACUUCUCGUCGCUGACGACCAUUUCGCAGGUCUCGCUCGAUGCAAUGCGGUGUGCCCUCCAGCCAUUGCCCGUGAUCAGACCCGACGGCGGCCGCGGCGGCUGGGCGUCCUUUGCGGCCGCCGAGGCGCACUCGGCGGCGAUCGACGCGCGCGGCGAGGUGUACGCUUGGGGCUGCUCCGACGACGGCCGGCUGGGGCUGCGCGGCGUCGGGCCAGCGUUGGGGGGCGAUGAGACGGAGCGGCCCGCGCCGACGAGGGAGGGGGAUUCGGUGGAGGCGCCUCGCCGCGUGCGCGGCUCGUUAUACGGCUUUGGAGCCAAUUGGGCGCUACAGCUCGGGAUCGAAGGCGCGACGCUAUCCUUCGCCGCAGACGCCUAG